AUGGACAAGCAAAUGGACAACAUGGACAAGCAUAUGGACAACAUGGACAAGCAUAUGGACAACAUGGACAAGCAUAUGGACAACAUGGACAAGCAUAUGGACAGGGCAGCGCUCCUGAUGCAGACAAACAGAGCGACGAGCUUGGUCGCCGUUACGACAGAACACGACAACACGAGCCGGCCGAGCAAGGGAACGGGCAGGCCGCGUGCUGGAUGGGUGCGGGUGGUGCUGGAGGAGGGCAGGCAGGGUCGAGUGGAGUGGAUAUUCAGAUGUGGCGCACAGGCCGCGUGGUUGGUCCGGGUGGCUCUGCGGCCGCUGGGCAAUUGGGGCUGGGCAGGGCCGGCGGCGCCACAAGGCAGCCAUGUCGGCACCGGUCCAAUCGCGGGGGCCGGGGGUCAGGAACGCGGCCAGGACAGGGGGACAAGGGGCCACAUGACGGACGGCGCGGGCGAGUGGCGGCAUGGGCGCCUGUACGCCCGUGCUGUGCGCUGUGUGAGCCGGGCGCUGCUGAGCUGA